AUGCAGAUCUUCGUCAAGACAUUGACUGGUAAAACCAUCACCUUAGAGGUAGAACCAGCUGAUACCAUUGAAAAUGUUAAAACUAAAAUUCAAGACAAAGAAGGUAUUCCCCCAGACCAACAAAGAUUGAUCUUUGCUGGUAAACAAUUGGAAGAUGGUAGAACACUUUCAGACUACAACAUCCAAAAAGAAUCCACUCUCCAUCUUGUAUUAAGAUUACGAGGAGGUAUGCAGAUCUUCGUCAAGACUUUGACUGGUAAAACCAUCACCCUUGAAGUUGAACCAGCUGAUACCAUUGAAAAUGUCAAAGCUAAAAUUCAAGAUAAAGAAGGUAUUCCCCCAGAUCAACAACGAUUGAUCUUUGCUGGUAAACAAUUGGAAGAUGGUAGAACACUAUCAGACUACAACAUCCAAAAAGAAUCCACUCUCCAUCUGGUAUUAAGAUUACGAGGAGGUAUGCAGAUCUUCGUCAAGACACUGACUGGUAAAACCAUCACUCUGGAAGUUGAACCAGCUGAUACCAUUGAAAAUGUCAAAGCUAAAAUUCAAGAUAAAGAAGGUAUUCCCCCAGACCAACAAAGAUUGAUCUUUGCUGGUAAACAAUUGGAAGAUGGUAGAACGCUUUCAGACUACAACAUCCAAAAAGAAUCAACUCUCCAUCUUGUAUUAAGAUUACGAGGAGGUAUGCAGAUCUUCGUCAAGACUUUGACUGGUAAAACCAUCACCCUUGAAGUUGAACCAGCUGAUACCAUUGAAAAUGUCAAAGCUAAAAUUCAAGAUAAAGAAGGUAUUCCCCCAGACCAACAAAGAUUGAUCUUUGCUGGUAAACAAUUGGAAGAUGGUAGAACACUAUCAGACUACAACAUCCAAAAAGAAUCCACUCUCCAUCUGGUAUUAAGAUUACGAGGAGGUAUGCAGAUCUUCGUCAAGACUUUGACUGGUAAAACCAUCACCCUUGAAGUUGAACCAGCUGAUACCAUUGAAAAUGUCAAAGCUAAAAUUCAAGAUAAAGAAGGUAUUCCCCCAGACCAACAAAGAUUGAUCUUUGCUGGUAAACAAUUGGAAGAUGGUAGAACACUAUCAGACUACAACAUCCAAAAAGAAUCCACUCUCCAUCUUGUAUUAAGAUUACGAGGAGGCCAGUAA